CUUUAUUGACAGCGGAAGGGGAACGCGUUACCACGGCGACGAAGCCUAGAAGGCGCCACGCGAGGCAUGCUGGGAGAGCGGGAGCUUUGAGUGGCACUUGGCUGUCGAUUUCAUGCUAUUUAUUGCAGCAGUUGAAGGAUUAAAUCUCAACAAAAUGCGAAGAUCGGCAGCCCCAAGUCAACUCUGUGGGAAUCCAGCAAAGAAACCUCGCUUUAUACCUCCUGGAAAUGUUAAUAAAACGUGCCCAGAUACAGAAAUGAAACAUUCAAUAACUGAUUUGAAGGAUAAAACAGAAUUGUCUUCAAGAGCCUUUGGAAGAAUAUGUGGUCUGAACACAGUGCUUCACAGGACAGAAGCAAGUGUGGUGCCAGUGUGCAGUGGUAAAACAGCCACUACGACAAGUGUUCCAGUGUGUAGAUCUGUGGCUGUAAAAGAACACAAGAAUGAGGAGGAAGAAUCCAGCUCUUUUGCAAAGUAUUUCAGCGUGGUUUGGUGCAAGGCCUCUAAGAAGAAACACAAGAAGUGGGAAGGAGAUGCAAUCUUAAUCGCUAAAGGGAGAGCAGUGACAUUAAAGGACAUGGAGGGAAAAGAUAUUGGAAAAGGUACAGGGUACAAGAUAAAAGACCUGGAAAGCCUGGAAGAGGGCCAGACUCUGAUGAUUGGUGGAAAAGAGAUAGAAGUCAUGGGCAUAAUCUCUCCUGAAGAUUACAACAGUGGCCGAUGUUUCCACUCUGUAGUGACAUCAUCUACCUCUAUCCCUUCAGAAUCCAUUCAAGUGAAACCCUUCACCAACCCAUUGAAAAAUGACAGCAAGACUACUAACAAGGACAAUAUGUUUAAAGAGCUACAGAAUAUCAAGCCUCGCCAUGAUCCUAGUGCCCCAAAUGCCUUUGUUAUGCCAAAACCAAGUCAGCAGCACCAGUGGGCUUUUAAUAAGUCUGGCUUGCCAAUCGUAGAUGUGGUGGUGGAUCCCUAUUUAGCUGUUCAUCUUAGACCUCAUCAGAAGGAAGGGAUUCUCUUUCUUUACGAAUGUGUAAUGGGAAUGAGGGUUAAUGAGCGGUUUGGCGCUAUCCUUGCCGACGAAAUGGGUCUAGGGAAAACCCUCCAGUGCAUCUCCUUGAUUUGGACACUCCUCCGUCAGGGCCCAUAUGGGGCCAAACCUGUUAUAAAGAGAGCUCUCAUUGUCACGCCUGGCAGUCUGGUGAAGAACUGGAGGAAGGAAUUCCAGAAGUGGCUGGGAACAGAGCGUAUCAGAGUAUUUGCAGUUGACCAGGAUCACAAAGUGGAAGAGUUCGUCAACUCCCCUCUUUAUUCCGUGCUCAUAAUAAGCUAUGAGAUGCUGUUACGCUGUCUGGAACAAAUAGAGAGCCUAGAUUUUGAUCUAGUUAUUUGUGACGAGGGUCAUCGCCUAAAGAAUACGUCUAUAAAAACUACGACCUCCCUGACCAGUCUAACUUGCAGCAAACGAAUCAUAUUGUCCGGGACUCCAGUUCAGAAUGAUCUGCAGGAGUUUUUUGCACUGAUUGAGUUUGUAAACCCAGCAGUUCUGGGCUCUUUGUCCACGUACAGAAAAGUCUUUGAGGAGCCAAUUGUUAGGUCUCGGGAGCCAACAGCAACACCUGAAGAGAAGAAUUUGGGAGAAGAACGAGCAGCUGAACUUGCAAGGCUGACCGGUCUUUUUAUACUUAGAAGGACCCAGGAGGUCAUAAAUAAAUUCCUGCCUCCGAAAAUCGAAAACAUUGUCUUCUGCCAACCAUCUCAAUUCCAGCUUGAUCUGUACAGAAGGCUUCUGAAUUCAAGGGCUGUUAAAUCCUGUCUGCUGGGAAAUGGAGAAAACAGCCCCCACCUGGUGUGCAUUGGUGCACUUAAAAAACUAUGCAACCAUCCAUGCUUGCUGUUCAGAACUAUCCAGGAGAAAAGCACAAAUCCUGAUCAGGGUGAACACAGUCUGUAUGAAAGUAUAGCUGAACUUUUCCCCCAGGAUUAUGAUGGUGCUAAAAUUUCAGAGUCCGAGUCUGGAAAACUGCUGGUCCUGAGUAAGCUGCUGUCUGGAAUACGGGAACUCAGCCCAUCUGAGAGGGUGGUAUUGGUCUCCCAUUAUACACAGACCCUAAACAUUUUGCAAGCCCUGUGCGUUCAGCAUGGAUACAGUUGCACAAGGCUGGAUGGGCAGACCCCGGUUACACAGAGACAGCACAUUGUCGAUGGAUUUAACAGCAAAUACUCCUCAGACUUCAUCUUCUUGCUGAGCUCCAAGGCUGGGGGCGUUGGCCUCAAUCUGAUUGGUGCUUCUCAUUUAAUUCUGUAUGACAUUGACUGGAAUCCUGCUAAUGAUAUACAGGCAAUGGCUCGAGUGUGGAGGGAUGGACAGAGGCGCACUGUGCAUAUUUACAGGCUUCUCACUACAGGCUCAUUAGAGGAAAAGAUCUACCAGAGGCAGAUAAGUAAGCAAGGCCUGUCUGGUGCUGUUGUGGACUUGACAAAGAAAUCCGAGCACAUCCGCUUCUCUGUAGAUGAGCUGAGAAAUCUAUUUACUUUGCAUGAAGAUACAGAUUGUGUGACUCACGAGCUGCUGGAAUGUGACUGCAUAAAAACAAACUGUCUUUCAGAUGGUUUGCCUCAAAAGCCAUUAAUCCAUAGGAGUUGUCAGCUUGAAUUACACCGGGAUCAGCUUAAUAAGAAUUUUUCCAUGUCUGAGCUCAUGCAGUGGAAACAUUUCUCCGGGCAGCAGAGUACGGAUGAUCCCUUUCUGCAAAUGGGAAAAGAACAUAUUUCUUUCGUUUUUCAGAACACAACAAACGUCCAAGUAAACCCAACGUCAGAACUUUCUCCUGCCGUGUGAUCGUUCUGUCCCACUGUUUAUAGGAUAAGUGCUCGGCCAUUGCCACAGGUACUUCCACCCACAGCUCUUAGCCCAAGAAACUGCUGUUGGCUGCACCAUUCAUCAAACACAUGUUUCGGUUGCUCUUCUGUUUAUAUCGUUUCACUGGCAGAGAUCACACAUCACAGAACAAGAGCCCUGUGGUCCAUAUACCAGUUUGCAGUGCAGCCUCCUUUAACUUUUGAGCUGGACUGGUAUGGCCGUAAGGCUCAGCUGGGUCCCUCCUUUCUUUUACUCUGUUCUUUAUUGUGUUCUUACCACAUUCUAACAACAGGAAGACUUGUAACCCUGUUAUGCACCAGACAUAUCUCUAUGUGACCAUCAGAGCCCCACAAAAUCUCCCACAUCUUGUGACUGCCAACUUCACAAUCUUGCUGCCAUUUCUCUUCCAGCAGGGGUAUGAACCCAGUGUAUAUUGGGUGAUGCCUUGGAGUACAGCACCAACAUCUCUUAUUUAUAGAUAAUCUGGGAAGGCCUCAUCACUUAAUAGUUCACACUAAAACAAUCUAGCUUGCCUUUCUACAUGACGUCACUAUUGGAAUUAAAAGGAAACUGUCAGAAUAAAACUUUUUGUCUUGCUGUGA